UCAGAAGCCGUCGCGACGACGACGUCGCGCCCGGAUGACGUCACGCCAUGGCCGCCCUGCUUCGCCGCUGCCAGUAGAGGCCCUGUCUCGCGCCCCGCCGCUUCCCGGAGCCGCUUUUCCCCCCCGCUCCCUUCCCCGACCCCCUUCCCGUCCGGCCAGACUAGCAGGCCCUGAUGGAUGUGUCCGAAAGCCCUGAGCAAACCCCCCGCUCUCCCGACGAGAAGGAGGAGGAAGAGGAGGACGACCAGCAGCUCUUUGACGACGAAAUCCUGAAAGAGAGUGGCUCGGAACAGGAUGGAGAGGAAGGGCAGGGCACCAAUUUGGAGGAAGACGAGGAAGACACGGCAAGAAUAUUGAGCGAGGAGGAAGAGAACCACUCGGAUGAAGAGGACCGCCUAAGUGAAACCAAGUCUCAGGACUCUGACAAUAAUGAGCAAAGCAGGGAGCUGAAGAACUCGCUGUCUGUCAAGGAGGAUGAGGAGGACCGGGCCAACGACCUUGGCGAUGAAGCAUCCUCAGUCACUCGGGAACUGGAUGAGCACGAACUGGACUAUGACGAGGAGGUUCCUGAAGAGCCAAGCACCAGUGCUGCUGAUGACGAGGCUGACAAGGCUGGGGGAGAGGGAGAGGAAGAGGAGGAGGAAGAGGAGAAAGGAGAGGAGCCUCCUGAGGAGGACAAAAAACCUUGCAUAAAGAGCGACGACGAAAAGGAUGGUCAGGAGCCUCUCAAGGAGAAGAAGAAGGAGGAAGACGGAGAAAUUGAUGACGGCGAGAUUGACGAUGACGACCUGGAGGAGGGAGAGGUCAAGGACCCCAGCGACAGGAAAGUCAGGCCGCGUCUCACCUGCCGUUUUUUUGUGAAAGGGCACUGUACUUGGGGAAUGAACUGCCGGUUUAUUCAUCCUGGCGUGAACGACAAAGGAAACUACUCUCUGAUCUCCAAGCCAGACCCUUUCUCUCCUAAUGGUGCACCACCCAUUGGCCCUGGUCCUCACCCUCUGAUGCCAGCCAAUCCUUGGGGAGGGCCUGUAGUUGAUGAAAUCCUGCCGCCACCGCCACCAGAUCCCCCAGCAGAAAGUGCCUGGGAACGAGGUCUCCGUCACGCCAAAGAGGUGUUGAAAAAGGCCACCAUGAGGAAGGAACAAGAGCCUGACUUUGAGGAGAAGCGGUUUACAGUGACCAUCGGGGAAGAUGAGCGUGAAUUUGACAAAGAGAAUGAAUUUUUCCGGGACUGGAACUACCGCAUCACUCGAGAAGUCCGGGACUCAACUGAGGUGGACAUCAAAGAGAACGCUAACUAUGGGCUUGAUCCUUAUACGGAUCCUUAUUAUGAUUAUGAAAUAGAACGCUUCUGGCGAGGCGGGCAGUAUGAGAACUUCAGGGUCCAGUACACAGACCCCGAUCCAUACCGGAACUACAGACUGAGUAAGGUAAGCAUGGAAAGGGAACGAGAACGGGAGAGGGAGAACCGACAGCGCGAACGGGAACGGGAACGGGAGAGAGAACGGGACCGGGAGAGGCGGCAGAGAGAGCGGGAGCGCGAGAGGGAACGGGAGCGUGACAAGGAGCGGCAGAGAAGGAAAGAAGAGUGGGAGCGCGAGCGGGAGCGCAUCAAGAGAGACGAGAAGGACCGGCAGCACAGAGACCGCGACCGGGACCGGGACCGAGAGAAAGAGCGGGAGAAGGAGAAAGAGAAGCCAAAACCUCGAUCACCGCAGCCACCGAGCCGUCAGCCUGAGCCACCAAAGAAGGAGAAGGAGGCAACCACCACCACCCCUUCUCAGUCCAAGCGAGCAGAUGAGUGGAAGGACCCCUGGCGCCGAUCAAAGUCUCCCAAAAAGAAGCAUGGAAUGUCCGCCUCACCUAGCCGUGCUCGCAGGCGCCGGAAAACCUCAGCGUCUUCUGCUUCUGGCUCGGGUUCUUCAAGGUCAUCAUCUCGCUCCUCCUCUUAUUCCGGAUCUGGUUCUUCGCGGUCGCGUUCCAGGUCGUCCUCGUACAGCUCCUACUCUAGUCGCUCUUCCAGACACAGCUCUUUCUCAGGCAGUCGAUCCAGGUCGCGGUCCUUCUCAUCUUCUCCAUCUCCUUCCCCGACACCAUCUCCACACAAACCACCUCCCAAAGCUAAAGGCGAGCCCGCGGUACCAGCUGGAAAGGGCGAUAAGACUGUGAAGAAACCACCUGCCCCUCCGGCACCGGCACCGGUCACGAAAGCCGCUCCAGCUGCACCAGAGCCACCCAAGCCGGGUGACAACAGAGAGCCAAGACGGAAGGAGCGGCAGACCAGAAUGCCACCCCGGAGGAGGACCAUCAGUUGCAGCGUGAGUGGCAGCAGCUACAGCGGGUCCAGCUCCCGUUCGAGAUCCAUGUCCCGAUCGCUCUCCCGGUCGCAUUCUCGAUCCACCUCUGCCUCCAUUUCCCCAUCGCCGUCUGGGUCCAGAAAAUCCAGGUCCCUGAGUGUAAGUAGCGUCUCGUCUGUCUCUAGUGCCUCCUCCAGUAGUAGCUCAGUGCACAGCGCUGACUCGGAAGACAUGUACGCUGAUCUGGCCAGCCCGGUUUCUUCGGCCAGCUCCCGGUCACCGACUCCAGCUCAGCAGAAGAAGGAGAGAGCCGGGAAGCCGAAAAAAGAAGGCGGCAGCAUCAAGGAGGAGAAGCGGAAACGGGACGCGCCCGCGCAGCCCGCCAAGAUCUCCAAGCCGGUGCAAGGGAGUAAAUCCCAGCAGCAGCAGCAGCCGCCCCCACCUCAACAACCCCCCCAGCCACAACCACCGGGCUUCAGUGCCCAUAAAGAAAUCAAACUAACGCUGUUAAACAAGGCCGCCGACAAAGGAGGCAGCAGGAAGAGGUACGAGCCCUCCGACAAAGACCGGCCAGCUUCUCCUCCGGCGAAGCGGAUCAACCUGUCUCCAGACAGAGGUCCUCGUGACAGGAAACCUGCAGCAAGGCUGUCCUCGCCCAAACAGGAGCGUCAGCGGGGGCCCAACCCGAAGCCCUCCCCGGCGCAAGCAGACAAGAAGCGUCCAUUAUCGCCCCAGUCCAAGAGUUCCAGCAAAGUUACAAGCAUCCCAGGCAAAGCGGCUGAACCGCCGCCCCCAGCCGCUACCACAAAAUCGGGCAAGUCCAACACGUUGUCGCGGCGGGAGGAGCUGCUGAAGCAGCUGAAGGCCGUCGAAGACGCCAUCGCCCGCAAACGGGCCAAGAUCCCGGGCAAAGUAUAGUCCGCCCUCGGUCCCGGCCUGGCUGAGAGACUGCUCCUGCGUUUUUAUAAAUAGUCUACAAGCAGCCACUGGGGAUUUUGCAGUUUCUGUUUUAUUUUGGCUGUGAUCCUUUUUAAACAAUAAAUUGAAAAGAGAAGAGAAAUUCUGCCAGCUGAAAACCCACCCGCCUGGGUCCGGGACGGCUCCCUCCGGUUUCCUGUCCGCCCCACGUGUUGCCGGCACCGUGGCGGGGUCAGCCGCCUUGAUGUUUUUCCAUGUCUCUUGUACGCAGCGGACUCUUCACUGCAGCCCUGUCAGAUGCCUUCACCUCUGCUCUGCCCACCUCUCUGCUAGCUAUGAGUUGUACUUCCUUAAUUAGCCCUGCUGUGUGUUGAGUGUCUUCAGCAGUGCAGUUCUACAUACUGUGUACAGAGAGAGCCAAAAACCGCUGUCACUGGCCGGAAACGUUCCCGUCUGUCGUCUCUCCUCCGCCCACCUCGUCCCCGUCCCCCCCCCCCCGCCAAGAACUAAACCAGUUGCGUAGAUAUAUCCCUGAUGGAAGUCUGAUCCAAAAGUCCCACGUGUCUUUUUAUUUUAAGCAAAAGAUUGUUUUAGUUGACUUAACAGAGAAAAGGCAAAGGUUUCGUCAGGAUGUGUGUCUAAUAAGGAGGCUCAUUUUUUUUUGAGGGGUUAUGCUGAAAAUAAAAGUAUUUUGAUAAACAGC